AUGACCACUCUCCUCAUCAAACGAUGGAAGGAAAUGAUUCCCUUCAAGAGAUUCUUUUACAUUUCCUUAAUAUUUACAGCCAUCUUGCAAAUUCUCUCACAGGGAGUUGGAAUAGCUCACGAUGUUGGAGCACUGACUCAUAUUCAGGAAUUUUUGAGUCAAUUAUUUUUCGUUAUUUAUUAUUGUGGACUCGUGUCAACUGUUGUAAUGUGUACCUAUUUUCAAGCAAUGGUUUCAAAAGUAUUGUAUGGAAUUUACUUUCAUCAAUCUCAUUCAUGGAUGAGGAAGGGAGCAGAAAGCUAUUCAUUCAAUGAAAAGUUUAGAAUAUUUACAAAAUAUUACACAAUUGGAAUGACAUUAAUUUGGACUAUUGCAUUCAUUAUUCUCGUUCCAUUCACUCUGAUCUGUUCAAUGGUAUAUUAUAUGGAUGGAGGAAAUACACGAGUUGGAAGUAUUCUUGGCAUUUGGUCAAUUAUUUCUGUGGCCAUUGUUGGUCUUGUAAACUCUGGAUGUGCCAUCAUUACAGGAGUGUUAAAUUUAACUUUGGUUCUUCUACUCUCAAGAUACCUUCUCCAAAACAGGCCAGUCCCAAUCCCUCGCAGAAAUGCAUGUAAAAAGUUGGUACUCUUAACAUUUGGUCAAUUCUACAUGGCAAUUAUUAAUUCAAUCUCAAUUAUUUUGGGAGCUAUUGGUAUAUGGUAUCCAUACUUGUUCAUAUUGACUGGUGUCAUUCAUAGAUUUGUGUUUCUGUUAUUUGCCAUUUGUGUGAGUUUCAGUUUUGGACCUAUGGAUUACUUUCAUUAUGAAUUAAAAUUGGAAGGUAAGAAGAAGCCACAUGGGGAUAAUACUCAAUCCUCAUGUCAAACCAGUGAAAUUCAACUCACCAAUCAAAAAACUUCAAACUCUUUCAAUAUUGAUUCAAAGGCAUUUAGAAAAGCCAGCGAAAUAUCUUCCAUGAUGAUGAUCAAGUAUACAGCAACAAACAAGCAGCCCAUUUACUCACCCUUCAACAUUACUAGCUCCUUUGGGCCUCAGGAGGCGAUUGCAACUGAUCAGUUGCGUGCUCCAACCAAUUGUAAUGACAGUAAGAAAAGUAAUGACAGUAAUACCACUAUGAGUACUGCUACUGAUCAUCAUCAAACUACUACGACGAAAAUCGAUAAUAUACAAUAUGAAGAUAUCUUUGUUGAUAUUCCUCUCAAUGAUUAA